AUGUGCACGAGCCAGGAGGGCACCAUCUACCCAGACGCCACGGCGAUCAUCGGCCGCACCCCAUUGGUCCGCCUGCAGAAGCUGCCGGUCCCAUGCUUUGCGGAGAUUGUUUGCAAGCUGGAGUACCUGCAGCCCUGCAAAAGCGUGAAGGACCGCAUCGCAGCCCAGAUGGUGGCUCGCGCGGAGGAGCGGGGCCUCAUCUCCCCCGACAGGACUGUGCUGGUGGAGCCCACCUCGGGGAACACGGGGGUGGGCCUGGCCUGGGUGGCUGCAGCAAAGGGGUACCGCCUGAUCCUGGCCCUGCCCGACUCCUCCAGCCUGGAGCGGAGGGUCCUGCUGCGCGCGCUGGGCGCUGAGCUGGCGCUCACCGAUGGGAAGCUGGGCAUGGUGGCAGCCAUCGAGAAGGCAGAGUCCAUCGUGGCGACCACCCCCGGCGCGUACAUGCUGCAGCAGUUUGACAACCCCGCCAACCCAGAGGCCCACUAUGAGGGCACGGGGCCGGAGGUCUGGCGGGACACCGCUGGGAAGGUGGACAUUCUGGUGGCAGGGGUCGGAACCGGCGGCACCAUCACUGGCCUGGGUCGGUACCUGAAAGAGCGGAACCCCUCGCUGGAGAUCAUCGCGGUGGAGCCCGCAGAGUCGCCGGUGCUCUCGGGCGGGAGGCCAGGCUACCACCAGAUUGAGGGGCUGGGCGCGGGUUUCAUCCCGCGAGUCCUGGACUUCAGCCUGCUGGACGAGGUACUGCGCGUGCGCACGCAGGAGGCCGUGGCGGUUGCGCGGAAGCUGGCCCAGGAGGAGGGCAUCCUGUGCGGCAUCUCCUCGGGCGCAGCCGUGCACGCCGCGUACAAGGUGGCGCAGCGUCCGGAGAAUGCGGGCAAGCGCAUAGUGGUGGUGCUGCCCUCCUUUGGCGAGCGCUACCUGUCCUCCGUCCUGUACAGCCAGCUGUGGACCCAGGACGCGACGGAGGAGGACGAGAUGCCGGCCGAGUGGCGCAUGCACAACGGGCUGUACGUGGCCGAUCGCGACCCGCCCAAGCUGUGA